UAUCCUAGAGAAUAUCCAAGUAUUUUCACUCCAUUUUCAUAGAUGGAAAGUAUUUCAAAUGGCUUAUGGUUUUGACUGUAUUGCAAAGCACUUUUGUUAUUUCCUCAUAUAUGAUGGUGACUGCUAAAGUAAUAUUCUCUGCCUAUUGUUUGCAGUAUGGUAAAUGUGUGCUUUUGGCAUUGUGAUUUAAACACAAUCCUGCAAAUUGUUCACUUGGGGUGGGGCUGGAAGAAGUUAAUUCCAGAUUAAAAUGUGUUUAUGGUGACAGAUUUAUGAGGAUUAGCCUAAUUGUGUAAAUGAAAACUCAGCUCAUUCCAUUCCUGUAUAUUCUUUAACUAUAUAUUUACAUGACAUAACUGUAGGCUGAACAUGUUAUUUCUUUCCUCUAAAUAUGAUCAUAAACAACAAAUUUGGAUUUCAGUCUUAACCUUUAAUAUUCUUACUCUGAAACGGUGCUUUAGCAUUAGGUUAGUCUUUAAAUGCUGAGCAGUAUGUUGAAGGCCUGCUUAUGCUUUACCUACUUUUGGUCUUUGAUGAAUUUUUAUACCUCUAUUCUUACUUGAAUAGCUGUAAAGAAAGACAUCAGUUGUCAGUGGGCAUAGCUAAUAGCUAAAAAAUCCAUUUUUAAUCAUCUGCAAAUAGGAAUCACCUACUUUUCCCCAGAGACACUAGAGAUCAAUUCAUCAAGCACAACUGCUUCUAUGACAGGCAACAUUAUCAUAUGAACUUCUGUCAUCUGAACAAGCUUUCUUUUGAAAUCAGUAGGUUCUCAUCGUUCUGCUACCACCCCAUUAGUACUGGAGUUCAUCUGCUGCUUUGAGAGCCUUAUUUAGAUUCCUGCACACACUGUUUGUCCAAAUUGUCCUUCACAUAGUUCCCCCCAUCCACAAACAUUCACCCUGAAGUAUUUACCAAGUCACUUCCCAGCUGUUCUUUCACAAACUAAGCAGGGCCAGGUCUUUUGCAUAAAUAUGGGAAGUGACAAAAAUCUAAAAGGAAUACAAUGUAAAUAAGUGCAUCUGCUUGGUUUAGAUGCUUAUUUUCUUUCAGACAUGCAAACAUAUAAUUAUACACAUAAUCACUCCUGGUCUUCAUACUAAAAGCAAGCUGCUUAUAGUUAAAAAUAAAAGUAAUUAUAAAAUUAAUCCAUGAGAUAAAAGCAACACCACAGCUAUGUUUUUAUGUAGUCUAAACAAAUCUGCACACCUAAAGACUACCCCCUUAGGUUUAGCACUGCUUAUGGAACUGACUUGCAGUUUGUUGACAAGGAAAUUUAGCAGCUAAUGAAAGGAAUUAAACUCAACUUGCAAACCCAUAUUUAGGGAAGGCGAUGGAACAAAAUAUGUGCAUAUGCAGUACCUGACAGUAAGGGCUAUGUGCCUAAAGCUGUUGACACCAAGGAAGAAUGAAUGUCCUGUGUUCCCAUCACUUUUCAAAAGGAAAAAAUACAUGUGCCAAAUAUUUGACUGUGGUUGACUGCAGAUGCUAGAAAAGGUGGGUGAUACUACAGCAUAUAGGUGCAAUUGGCAUUGUAUGAAGUUUUGCAUAACUGAUUGUGCAUGGUACAGUUUCUGUCUGUAUCUAUCUUAGGUAUUUACAAGGCAUCUGUCACCUUGGUGUACCUAAGCAGUUUGAAAAAUGCACCCACCCCAGGAGGCAUGAUGCAGAUACAGGCAGAGGCCCAGGUCCAGAGCAGCAGAGGCAGGUCCCAGGAAGCUCCGCAACCGUGUUUCCGCUGUUGUUGAGCUCCUGGCCCACUUGUUGUGGCCAAGGAACAUCUCCACCUACCUGUCAGCAGGAAGACGGUACCCCACCCCUCACGUCCAGCUCCACUGGUGGGGAACCUGAAAAGGAAAGAUAAUGGAAAAGGCAACGAUCCAGUAGCAGAGGUGAAACAGAAAUGGUGGGAUUUCAAAAGGAGGGAUUCUUAAAGAGCAGCACAUCUCAGGGGAGGGAUCAGCUGCCAGUCCAAGUGGCAGAUGUCACUGGGGAACAAGAUGGGGAGGUUCCUGGAUCCUCGGGGCAAGCUGGCCAUCACCGAGGGAGCUCGCUGUCCACGCCGGCCGAAGAACAGGAAUCCUCGGUGCCUGCCUCUGACGAAGACUCGCCAGCCAGGACCACAGAGAGCUGGCAGUGGCCGUUGUCCUCGUCUGAAACGCACAGCAACGUUGGGGAAGAUUUUGAGGGAUUUCAAACGCCAGCGCGGACUCCGGAGUGUACCAUGGACAUACAGUCUCCCGGGGAUCAGUCACUCAGUAGGACUCCUCAGUUUGAAAGUGACUCUCCUGAGGAGGAGGGAAAUGAUGAAAUGAAUGAAGAGCGCUGCGGUGUUGAGCCUGUCCCUAGGGAUCGGGGUUGGAGAGGGCAGCCCCAACUAACAGAGGGAGAGAAGCUGUUGAUGGAAACCAACAGUAGGAUUGUGCAGCUGCUGGAAAAUAUCAAGAGGGAGCAUGCACAGUCCAUGGGUCUCAUGUCACAGUCCAUGGGCCGUAUGGAGCUGCAGCUGGGCAUUGUGGCUACCUCCACAAGAGCCAUCCAUAACUACCUGUCAGAGAUUUUAGCUUUCCUCAAGCAGCCAAGGACGCAGGUCCUUGAAACACGCAUCUCCCAAAGAGCCACCCCCCAUGUCGAGUUAACUUGUGCCUCGACAUGGACUGGUGAGGACGCAGUGGCAUCCUCCACUGUGUGCUUACCAGGGGCCGAAGGGACGAGCGACUCUCGAGAACCACCGCAGGCCACGCUGCCUUGUCGCAGUGGCCGGCUGCAGAGAGCCAUAACCGAGAGGGCCUCGUUGCCCAUGCCUACACGCCAGGCAAAAGGGGGAGGGAAGAAAAAAUAACCACACCAUAGGAUUUUUAGGGGUUUUUUUAAUGUGCCUGUCCUUUUAAUUCUUAGCCAUAAGGCCAUCAGUGGCAGAAUUCAACCAUUUCCUACAUUGGCUAACAUUGUAUUCUGGCUGACUAGAUUAGUCUAACAUUUUGUAGUUUAUAUUUGCACUGUUAACGAUGUGUGCUGCUGGUAUUUGAAGAACAUUUGCCUCUGUUCUUUCACUUUAACUUCAUACGAGCAUUUUUUUACUCUGUGCCAGGCAUUCAUUGCUUUUCUUACAAAUACAAGUCAUUUCUUGAG